AUCCCCCCCACAGCCCCGGGGGUGCCGUCGGGAUGUUGGAACAGGGAUUCGGGAGUGUUAAUGUGGGGGUAUUGGUGCGACCUGGGAGAUCCGGAUAGUCAGAGCCGCCUCUCGCUCCCGACAGGCGCCAGGCCACGCUGCCCCAUCCCUCGGCCUCACCGGAGACACGUAGUGGAGUGUUGGGUCUCUCCCUCAGAGCAGAGGCCAUGAAGAUUAACCAGGACACGGUUCUGCGAGGAAAGAAGGAAGUGUUGGGGUCAGGAAAGGUGCUGACUUCCAGCUGCAGGGCCUGCGCCCCAUGUGAAUCAGUCAAGAGAGGUGCCCUUCGUGCCCAGCAGCACCAUCCCUGUGCCAGCCCUGCUGUCAGGGAGAGAGAGCUUCGCCUCUGCCACUGGGAAAUGCCUGGCUGUGAGUGAACAUUCUGUUCAUUGAGGCCUUUCCCUGGUGAUGGUGGAAGAGCAAAGCUUCAGCAUGUAAAGCCAGGGUGGAUGUUUGAUAAAUUAGGCAUGCCAACAGUUUGUAAAGCAAAUCAGCACAAAGAUACCAGUGUUAGUGUUCAGUCAGUGUCCAGGAGGUGCUGUGGGAUGAAAUGCACCAGAACUCAAAAGCAUCAGGUUUGCUCUGGGCACUCCAGACAAAACCACAGGAUGGGCAAACCUGAAUUUCCACAGAGAAAUCUCUGGAAAUUCCAUCUGUGUUAGAUAGGAGACUUGUGGAAACAUUUUACAUUGCCACAAAAUCUGGGCUGGUGUUUGCAGAGCUGCUUUGUGAUGGCCUGAGCCCUGGAGCACGGGGAGGGAUCCUGCUGUGGUGCUGCGUGAUGUGGGUUUGGGUCCAUUGCCAGGUACCACGAGUGGAUGCAGUCAGAGGAGCUGCAGCGACUGACAGCCUCGGAGCCCCUCAGCCUGGAGCAGGAGUACGAAAUGCAGCACAGCUGGCGGGAUGAUGCGGACAAGUGCACCUUCAUUGUGCUGGACUCAGGACGCUGGCCUGGGCAGGCAGAGGAGAACUCUAUGGUGGGGGAUGUGAAUCUCUUCCUCACCAACACUGAGGACCCGACUCUGGGCGAGAUUGAAAUCAUGAUUGCAGGUCAAGUUCUGCUUCAUAGCUUGGGGCUCUAUCACUGUGGCUGCAUGCUGCAGACAGAUGUUGAUGUUCCUAUAUCAGCUUUUUAUUCUCAUGCUUUACCAUGGCUGUUCAGCCCUGAUAAGUCCAUGGUGUGUCCAGGUCACAGCCUCUUCUCAGAAGUGUCUGGUGUGGCUGGUUUGUCUGUCCUAACUGGAUGCUCUCUCUGUGCUCUUUCAGAGCCCAGCUGUCGUGGCAGAGGAUUUGGCAAGGAGGCAACUCUGCUGAUGCUGGCCUAUGGAGUGAAAAAACUGGGGAUCACCAAGUUUGAGGCUAAGAUUGGCCAGGAAAAUGAAGCCAGUAUCUGCAUGUUCAAAAAGCUUCACUUUAAGGAGGUUGCUGUGAACAGCAUUUUCCAGGAGGUGACGCUGAGGCUGGAUGUCAGUGACCAGGAGAGACGGUGGCUCCUGGAGCAGACAAACCACGUGCAGGAGAAGAGCUACGCUGAGCUGAAGCAGCCAGCUGGGGCGCUGGACAGCUGACAGACACCUCCAGACACCGGCUGGGCUUCCAGGGAGAAGUUGGACGUUGUUUUAAGGUCUGGGUGUGGAGGACACCAGUGAGGCAACAGGGGAACUGUUUUCCUCUGUCUCCUUCAGCUGCUUUGUCAUCUUGUCAACUUUGCACUUUGCUCUGCCAGCCAGGAUUACUGCCUGAAACUUGGACCUGUGGAUCAGCCACUAACUCACAGGUUUGGCUAGGAAUGACUCUCAUUUUGAUGUGCUGUUCCAACAGAGCCUAAAAUUGCCAGAAGUUGAUUCCUGGACAAGCAGAAACUUCUCUCACUGCUCUUAAAUCAGGAUACUGGCAGAUCAGACUUUUUUAACUCUUCAAUUAAAAAAAAAAAAAAAUCUGUAGUGCCUGAGCACUAUGUGGGGCUCAGCUGCUCUCUUUGGCAGAUCAAGGAGUGGUUUUGAAGUUGUAAAGGACAGCAGAGACUCUUUAAAGCCAGUUUCCUGGGGUCUGGUAGGUUACAGGGGGGCACUGCUGGGUCCUGGCAGGGAGAAGCCCAGAUGUGGGCAAGCACAAACAAAGGGCAAGUUAAUAUGAUGGAAAUUGUUGAUAUUGGCUGAUCAAGACUAGAGCUGAGCCCCACCAUGAUGAGGGGGCUGAGAACUGCAGGUGGCUUCUGAGACAAACCCCCUUCAGCCUCAGGGCUGUGCUCCAGAUCUGAAAACCUCAGGCCAGCAGUGAUAUUGCUCUUCAUUUUCCUUGGCUACUUUGAUGAAAGCAAGGAGAACACACUGAAAGGAGAUAGCUUCCUUCUUCCACUAGCUCAGGACUUGCUCUGCUGACCCUGGAGGCUUCAUUUGCUGUUCUCCACUAAAAUAAAUAUGAAUGUGGGGAAAAUAUCUCUUACUGGGGAGCAGAUAUAUUUAGGGCAGGAGUUAUCCAGCAUCUGCUGCAGUAGAUACCCGUGGAUGAAAAAGAGGCACUUGCCUGACUCUCACUGGACAAACUUCUCUGUGCAGUUACCCAGCCUGACCUCUCCUGCCCUACACAGGCUGUCCACAGCAGGGAAGCUGCUAAGAGGAGAGGACAGAAGGUAAGAAGGAUAACUGAUGCUCCUGUGUGUUUUCCUGCUGUAACAGCAGCUGUAAUGGCUAAUCCUAGACCAAAAAUUACCUGUUUCUGUGAUGGAGGAUCAGGAAAUAACUCAGAUUUGCCCAGGGAUAUUUUGGAGAUUGGCAGUCUGUGGAAUUUUUAGUGUUGCCGUGCCUGUAUUUUUAGGGCCUGGGGGCUUUAACUUUCCAAUUUUAGCUAAUUUAAAUACAUGAUUCCUGUGACUAAUAUUAAAGCUAAGCAUGGGACCAGUGUAUCAUGGCAUUUUAAACAAGUAUUUCGUAUGAAUUUAGUUGUAGUGAAAGCUUUGUGUGGUAAUAAAGUGAAGAGCAGCUCUACGUCCUGCUGGGAUUACCAUGACAAGGGUUACUAAUCCUCCUGCUCCUCGCAGAGAUGGAUUCUGUCUCCUCCAGAUCGAGAUUUACAGAACCUGCUGGGUGAACUGCUGGCUCUGGUGCUCCUUCCAUGAAGUGUCUCAUCCCUCUGCCAGAGGAGCAAAGCCAGACCAGCAGGAGAGAUGUAGCUGGGAUGGGAUUUCCUCCCUUAAAACCUGGCCAAGGUGGGGAAAAAAAUUUCUUUUAACCUCUGCUGCCAGGGGGAAUGGGCAGGGUGAUGUCCUGUCAGCUCCCCGUCCCCAGCUGGUUGCUCUGGAGCCAGCGAGGGCCCUGCUUGGCAUCCCUGGUCCCCGGCAACGCCGGCGCUGCCCCGGCUCCACAGGCGGCUGGGAACAGCCUUUUCCUGGCAACCCAAAACAAAGUUGGGUCUGUCCUGGAGCUCAGCCCGCCCCAAAGGCUGGGGAGAAGAGUCCCGGCAGGGCUCAAACAGGCUUCCCACAGGGAACCAGUGCCCAGCUGCUCUGACCAGGCCAAGAGGCAAAAAAUGCUGCUGGGACCCACUGGGUGUCCCCACUCCUGCCCUGCCCCAUCCUGUGCCAUCCGUCCCAGGCAGGGUGUCCUGCUGCCCCAACAGGAUGCGGAUGGGAAAACGGGAUGGGAGCUCACCUUCUCUCAGAGGACAUGUCUUGGGAGAAUGAGACAGGUUGGAAUGGACUCCCCCAGCUUUCAGGAGGAAGUGACAGCCUGCACAUCCCCUGGAAAUCUGGUGGCACUUUGUCACCUGGGUGUCAUUUGAGGUGCAAAGAUCUGUGACCAUUCGUGUGCUUAGGUGGAAGAGCUGCUUUGCAGAUUUGGAGCACAAAACAAAAGCGUGCAUUAAGGGAGGAAGCAAAGAUUCCAGACAGACAGGCACAGCCCUGCCUUGUCCUACUGUGCCACCAGUACGGCCCCACUGAGCCACCCAGGGCUACAUCCAUUCAUUCAGGGGAACAAGCACCCCUUUCCUCACCAAUCCCCCCCCUACCUUCCCUCAACCCAGGCUCAUCCCAAAAACUCCCAUAGAGGCUGGGGGCACAUUUGGGCUGCCCCUGACAGAGCUGCUGCCCUCCAGCCUGGCCAGCAGACCCAGAUUACAGCUUUGCAUCACCCCCCUCC